AUGUCAAAUAUGACAUUCACUCUUGUUGUCCUCCUAUUGUCUUUCUAUCACCCAGUUGGCCCUUGUCUUCAAUUACUGACAACAAGUAUCCCUCCUAGUUUUCUAACUAUGGUCCCUGAACACUACAUUGGUUCCAAAUCCGUAGAUGAAGUCCCAACUUCGGAAGACCCACGGGUCAAUGCCUGCCCAUACAUCUGUGACAUUGGUGAUUGUUCCAGAGGCUACUCUCGUGCUUCCCAUCUAAAAAGGCAUAAGGAGACAUUUCACCUAAAAACCCGUGUGUUCCAUUGCCCUAUCGAAGGUUGUGGUAGAUCGUUCAAUCGCAAAGAUGUCAGAGAUCGCCAUUACAGGAGACAUGCUGCAGAUAUUUCUGAUAAUAGUCUUGGAUCGGGUCCCCAUACAAUCUCAAUUGUAGGCAUAGAAAGAACCGAUGAAAACACUAAUCCCAUUGAGGCACAGUCAAUAGAAUCCCUAGAGCUGAUGAGUUCCACUCCUUUAACACCGAAAAGCAUAACAUAUUCAACGCAAAAACAGUACCACGUUGUCCAAACUCCAAAGUUUAUCUUGGGAAAUUUGAUCUGUACUGGGAGAAUCUUUGGCAUCAAUGGAAGAAAAGGGAGCAUUCCUCAAACUACCACGGAUCAGACUCAUCAUGCAAUUCGAAAUGUAUGUGAUGUUUUAAGGGAGGCUAAAGCUUCCUUGGAUGAGGUUAUUCGAGUAAGUGUCUUUUUAGUAUGCUUGGAAGAGUGCACCGCAGUCCAAAGUAUAUGUUCCCAGUAUUUUCCUGAUGGAGCAGUUUAUGACUUUAUUCACAUAAAAUUUUCUCCUGGUGAAUGCUUUAGGGUGCAAUUGCAAGUGGUUGGUAGAGGUGAAUAG